AUGAGAGCAGCCACCAUCUUCUCCGCAAUCUUCGUCCUGACCGCCUGCCUCCUGAAGAGCACCGAGGCUGUAACCUGCACCGCUGAUUCCACCGUCGCAGGAUGCAUCGACUGCACCGAUUCCGCCAACACUUCGAAUGCGGAAUGUAUUGCAGAGGCAGCAGCGUCCUCCACCACAUCAACAACUGCGGCUACCACAACCACGUCCACCACGGAAGCCACUACCACAGCAUCCACGAGUCCUAGCAAUGCGAAGAUCGUCCGCGUCAACAAUCUGACGUACACGGCCCAGAGGCGCAUCCGUGUCGGGAGCAGCACCACAAGCUCCACAUCCCGCCGCGGAACCGCCAGCAGGCGCUCCGGCAACACGAAUCGCAACCGAAGGAACGUUAACCGUAGGAACGGCAACAACGCCAGACGUGGCAAUGUCAAAGGACGCAAUGGCAACGGCAGGGUUCGCGUCGUUGUUGGCUAG